GCAGGCGUCGGAGCAGAGCAGAUAGGCUGUACCUACACGCUAUACUGCAUUAAUCUGUUAAAAAAAAUCAAGUCGUCUCUAAAUCAAACCCGAAACUAUCAGUUAAGGUGAACUCUUCCCCCCUUCUGCGAGAGGAAAUUUCGUGGGCCGAAUUAAAGCAGACAUCAUGACUGACAGGAAAGCUGUGAUCAAAAAUGCAGACAUGUCGGAGGACAUGCAGCAGGAUGCCGUGGACUGUGCCACACAGGCCAUGGAGAAGUAUAACAUAGAGAAGGACAUUGCAGCUUACAUCAAGAAGGAGUUUGACAAGAAGUAUAACCCUACAUGGCAUUGCAUUGUUGGGAGGAACUUCGGCAGCUACGUUACCCAUGAGACAAAGCAUUUCAUUUACUUCUACCUGGGCCAAGUGGCCAUCCUGCUGUUCAAGUCUGGCUGAGAAUUUACCCAUGAGGUGCUGAGUUCCUCCUUGAACCUUUUAAAGAAAUGCACUGGUGGCUGAUGUCUCCCAUACACGAAUAACAACAUACCAUAAUGAUGCAAAGCAGCCAUGCACAAUUGCAUGGACUAUACAUUAUUUAUUAAGUAUGUUUAUUUCUUAGCGGUUGCUAUUUGAAUGCGACUGAAGUAGUUUUUUGUUUGAUGUUACCUAGGCUGAAAAUAUUUAAACAUGGCCCUUGAUUGUACAUUAAAGCAAAGUAAGAUAACAUCCCUGAACAUUCUUUCCUAAAUGAUGUUGGUAGACCCUGUUAAAUGGGGUUCUAGCUGCGAAUUAUGCUAUAAUGAAAGGGUUUGCACCAGGUUGAACCCUCCUUGAUGAUAUGUCCUCUAAUACCAAGAUUUAUUUUGUGUAGUGAUGCUUAUGAAACUUGACCAAGAAGGAUGAUUAAAGUAAAGACCUUUUGAUUACUCAUCUAUUUUCUUUUGAAUAAGGCCCUCAGGGGGCUUGCAGAAGGAUCACAGCUGUUCUGCACACAGAGCUUCAUAAUAAUUCAAAUCUUUUAAUAAUUUCUCAAUAUGAAUUCAUAUUUAAUCAGCAUGAUUUACCAAUUUGGAAGUAUGGACUUUUCUUUUUGUGAAAAUAUGCUUUUAAAUCUGUAACACAUUGAUUUCAACUUGAAGAAUUCAUGAUGCUCAAACGCUGUGAAUUUGGACAAUUCGCCAUGGCCACAAAAGAAAACCAAUAUGCCUUCAUUCUACCAAAUAAAAAUGAAAUAAAAUGCCCACCAACCAAUACAAAUAUGGAAGCACAAGCUCUCCAGAGGAACAAUGCGAGGGGAUUAAAAUGUUUUUUCCUCUCGUAAUAUUAAUUGUGAAUAGAUGGAGUGAAUAAAGUUUGGAUCCAAAGACCUGAGGUUGUUGUAAUGAAGAUAUUUAUACUAGACUCAUCCCAGCUAAAAUCUAUUUCAGCGCCUUAUGUUUGUGCUUAAGCUUUGAAGCUGUUGCCACCAUUACUUCAGCAGUUUUCAUCAGAAAUAUUAAAGAAAUGGUUCUUGGAGCCAUGGAAUUGGCAUAAUUCAUAUUUUAAUUACUAUGUCACAGUUAACAGCAGACUGAGACAGUGUCUGCAAUAUUCAUGAAAAAUUGAUUUUUAAAAGGACGUUUAGAGGGAUAUUUGGAAAGUCAAUGGCGCGACCUUAUCACAGGUCU